AGAGUUCUGCUGCUCAGGAACUCAUGAUCAUGGGAUUGGAGGGGGACUCCAUUGACUCAGUUGUCUGCUUUGAAAGCCUGGUUGCCCCAAAUGGGCAGUUGCCACCCGAGGAAGGGGAUGUUGAGAAGCGCCAUCUGAAACCAAAGGACCCAAAGCAUGAAGAGGGCUAUACCAAGAUUAAAACUAGAUCACUUCGGCGUUCCAUGGCCAACCGUGGCUCCACUAGAAGAAGGAGAUCAGUCCAGGCCUGGCUGUGGCGG